UUUUACUCUUACUUUAGAUGUAUAUUGAUCCAAUUAUUAUCAAAUCAACUAUAGUCCACAUGUAGGAGUGGUUGAGUUUCAUGCUCGCUCCACCAUAUAUUCCCCAUCAAAGGUAAUAUUUAUUGACUAAAUUAGAGCAACACCGAUUAAUUUUUUAAACAAGCGAAGUACAUUGAAAGCAACUUCCACAAAAUUAAACGAAACGGAACCCAAUUCUUAACUUACUGUAUGAUUAUUAAGAAACUAUUAUAGUCAGAACAUGGGUAAUUCGGGCUUGUGGGAAUUUAUUACCCUAAGUUCAGCAAUUAAGAAUGUUGCGAGUACAUACUGGAAAAGCGGAAGGUCGGUUUACCUCCAAAAACCGUUUAAUAAUGUUGCAACGUUGAAGAAAGGACCAAUACAUCCGAAAACAUCUGUUAGAACUGUAGAUGAUAUCAAAGAAAACCCUACUUUCCAUGAGAUAGAAAUUAAGAAAUCUACAGAAAGUUUACAGUCUUCGGCGAAGAAGUUUGAAGUAUUUCCUCCUGGUGAAGUUCUGAAAGGAAAACAUAUUCCGAUUCAGGAUGAAAGGAAGGAAUUGAAGAAGGGCUCUAAUCUUACAGAUAGGCUUAGCGAAAAAAAACCUCAGACGAAAUUUAAUGAUUCCGUUAGCUCUGAAGUAAAUCCUACAAUUCAAGUAAAUGAGCCAAAUACGUUUCAAGACCGAAAACAAGAUGAGGAAAUAACGGAAGAAAAGGCAGAUGAAAUGAAACCACUAGAAAUGGAAACAUUUCAAAAGCUCCCUAACAUUCCUCUGAAGGCUUCAAAAGUUCCUUCUUCGCAAUGGAGCAGACUCUGGCAUUAUGGAGGCCUUGCGACUUCACUUUCCGUCGGUGCCGUAGGAGAAAAGUUUAAACGUUUGUGGGGAUCUAGUAAAGAAGAGGGCGGUGUCUUACUUAAUGAAAGGAACAUUGAAGUAUUGGUAAACAAGUUGAGUCAAAUGAGAGGUGCAGCAUUAAAGCUCGGACAAAUGUUGUCAUUUCAAGACAGUAGAAUAUUUCCAGGGCAUAUUUCACAUAUCUUAGAACGUGUGCGUGAUAGUGCCCAUGCUAUGCCUGACAAACAACUUGAGAGGGUGAUGGUGCAAAACCUUGGCAAGGAUUGGAAAAGUCUCUUUUCCGAGUUUGACAAAAGUCCCAUGGCGGCUGCAUCCAUAGGACAAGUUCACCGAGGGAAAUUGGCAUCCAACGGUACUUUAGUUGCAAUUAAAGUACAAUACCCCGGUGUCAAAAACUCAAUUGAUUCCGAUCUGAAUAACUUGUCUAUAUUAUUAAGAGCUUCUCGACUUUUACCUAAAGGCCUGUUUCUAGAGAAUAGCAUUGCGGCUGCCAGAAAAGAACUGGCGUUGGAGUGUGAUUACAUACGCGAGGCAGAUUUCGUAGAAAGGUUUGGAACACUUCUGAAUCACGAUCAGCGCUUGAAAAUUCCCAAGGUGUUUAGAGAAGUAUCUGGUCCAACAGUACUAACACUGGAGUAUCUACACGGUACUGCAUUGGGAAAAAUCUUAUAUACGCAAGAGCUUCGAAACAAAAUUGGAACGAUCUUGACAGAGCUGUGCUUUAAAGAGAUCGCUGAGUUUCAUUGCAUGCAGACUGACCCUAACUGGUCGAACUUUAUGUAUAAUACGAAUACGGACCGGUUGGAGCUUUUAGAUUUCGGAGCCUCUAUUGAAUAUAGUCAAGAUUUUGUUUCGAAAUAUUGUCGACUUUUGCUUGCUGGUGCCAAACGGGAUAAGGAGGCUUGUCAACGCCUGUCUGAGGAGCUAGGGUAUUUGAGUAAACAUGAAUCCAGAGCAAUGAUAAAUGCUCAUGUGGAAUCCAUAUUUACUCUUGCUGAGCCGUUUGCUUUCGAUGCCCCUGAUGUAUAUGACUUUGGACACCAAACGAUUACAGAACGGGUAAAGAAACAAAUACCGCUAAUGCUGCAAUUGCGACUUCGUCCACCUCCUGAGGAGACGUACUCUCUUCAUCGAAGACUGAGUGGACACUUUUUGUUGUGUUCCAAGCUGGGUGCAAAAAUACGGUGCAAGCAAAUAUUUCAAGAAAUUUUGAGUCCUUAUAAUAACUAAAGCAAAACAGUUCUAAAAAAGCGAAUGAUUUUCUAAAACAUUCAUGAAUUUUGCUAGAAGAAAGCUGAUGUAGAUGAUAGAUCUAGUCUUAAUAUUAUUCUAUGUGUUUAUUUUUUACUACACAAGACUUUUUAAGAAAUCCAAA